AUGUUCGACAACACACAGUACCCCUAUAACUGCUUUAAUUAUGAUGGAGAUGAUUAUCCUACCUGUAGCUCUGACGAAGAGAAAAAAUUCACCAGACCAGCGUACAGCUACAUUGCCUUAAUUGCAAUGGCCAUCCAGCAAAGUCCUUCAAAUAAAGUCACCCUCUCUGGCAUUUAUGACUUUAUAAUGAAGAAAUUUCCUUACUACAGAUCAAAUCAAAGAGCCUGGCAGAACUCCAUCCGACAUAACUUAUCGCUUAACAGUUGUUUUGUAAAGGUUCCCAGAACAGAAGGGAAUGAGAAGGGGAAAGGAAACUAUUGGAGCUUUGCAACGGGAUGCGAAUCCAUGCUGGAUCUCUUUGAAAAUGGGAAUUACAGGCGAAGACGAAGGAGGAGGAAUGUGAAAAGGGAACAUAAGGAGCAGAGACCAAGCAGAGGGAAAAGUCCUUCAUGCCCCGAUAUGUCUUCUAUGGACUCUGCUUUAAACAUUUCCUCUUCUGAAAGUAAACAUGAAAGAAUUGAAUCAGGCCCAAGACUACUGGAGCCUCGUGGGUUUGCUCCAAACAGCAUGACCAACAGGCAGAGCCUAAACAAUUCCUCCUUAGCAAAAUCGGAUUCUGAAAUUAAGUUCAGCAUCGAUUACAUCCUUUCAGCCCCUGACCCUUUGCCCGUCCUGAGAUCUCAAUAUAAUAUACAAGAAAACAAAUAUCCUCUACUAGAGGCCCAGCAAAUUAAUCUCCAGUUCUGGACAAUGUGA